GGCCGUGUUUACACCGCCGUUUCCCCCCGUUUACCGAUUAUUUAACGCCGUUUUAAAGCGGAUACUGCACUAUUCGGGUUUUUAGUAAUGGUGGAGUUUGUGAAGGAGAUCAGCCGCCGGCUGCCAUUCGCUCCGCCGGGCGGACUGGAGGAGCUCGGUGUCUGGAUUAACGCUAGGUUUAAUUAGGUGAUCUGUUGAUUCUGGGAUUGCAUACAAUCAUGAUGGAGCUCGAAAGCAGCAAACCCAUCCACGAGCAGAGGUUCGAGGCUGCAGUCAAAGUGAUCCAGAGUUUACCUUCAAAUGGUUCCUUUCAGCCCUCCAAUGAAAUGAUGCUGAAAUUCUACAGCUACUACAAGCAGGCCACUUUAGGCCCCUGCAACAUCCCCCGGCCCGGCUUCUGGGACCCUGUUGGCAAAGCCAAAUGGGAUGCGUGGAACGAACUUGGAGAUAUGUCACAGGAGGAGGCCAUGGGGGCGUACGUGGACGAUCUCAAGCUGAUUCUUGAAAGCAUGCCGAUGACGGAUGAGGUGGAGCAUCUGCUGCAGAUUCUCGGACCGUUCUAUGAGCUCGUGGAUGAGAGGAAGAAGGUCUCCCAGGUGUCAGACCUGACCACAGCCCGAUUGGAAAGAUUUGCUAGGCAACUGGAAGGGCUGGGCAGUAUGAUGGAAGCUCCUUCAAAGGCCGUCACAAAGAGCAUCAUCAGAACUAUGCAAAUGAACGGCACUUUAGACAGCUACUCCACCAAAAAAGCAGAAGCUCCGAAGAACAACAUCAAAGCGAUCAAGGAACAGGAGGAGAGAGGUGAUAAACGUGAUGCGGAGGAGGAGGAAGACGAGGACAGUGAGGAUGAUGAUGAUGAAGAGGAGAAUGAGGGGGAAGAGGUUGAGCAGGUGAAAAAAGUGGCCGCACCUAAAAAAAAGACUUCAAAUGGAAAAGUUAAAGGACUUCCUAACGGCAGUAUAGGACAGAAGAUAGACUCAGUAACUAACGGAACCCACAGCUCCAGAUCAGCUCUGAACAGGAAGCAUGUGGAGGAGAUCGAUGGGGUCACCAGAGAAGCAGUGAUCCAGCGUGUGAAUGGCUGCAGUGAAGAUGACAUUACUGAAGACGUGUCCAACCCUCAUCAUGUGGGCAGUGACUCAGACGGGGAAGUGUACUGCGACUCUGUGGACCAGUUUGGUGUGGAGGAGCAGAGCAGUGAGGUUCAUGUGAACUCUCUGGAGGGAAGCUACGGUAUACUGUCCGCUCUGGGAGAGCCCCAGCCGGCGGAGCGGGACUCCGGCGGUCUCUCGGGGGUUCAGGACUGUGUUCAGCACGGGGGAGAGGACUGGAAGACUAGCGGAGGCGGAUCACAGAGAUCCAGGCUUAGUGUGGACAGAUCAGGCAGCUCUGUGGUCAGGAGAGGACGAGGCUCUAAGUCUCCAGGCUCGGGGUCCGGGGCCGGUGGGCCGUUACAGGGUGGUGGAGGAGAUGGAGAACGGAGUGAUGAAGCUGUGGGUGGAGACCUUAAUGAACAGAUCGUGACAGCAUUAGCUCGACUCCAGGAGGACAUGCAGAGCGUUCUCGAGAGACUGCACACUCUCGAGGCUCUAACCGCCUCACAGGCGAGAUCAGUGGCCUUGUCUUCAGAAUACCUGUUACCACCAGCUAAUAAAACUCAGAAGAAGCACUCCUGGUGGCCUUUUGAAGUGUCCCCUGGCACAGUGGCCUUUGCUGUGGUCUGGCCGUUUGUGGUGCAGUGGCUCAUUCGGCUGUAUUUUCAGAGGCGGAGAAGAAAAAUCAAUUGAUGGACUUGCUGCUCAGGGCUGUGAUGAUGAAGAGGACCACACUCUCGACUGAUAAAGGGCAGUGUCCUCUCCUGCGCGACCCCUUUCUAACUUGCUUUUGCACUAUGAUGAUAAAGACGACGGCACUAAAGAGUAGUGAAUGUCGGGAUGGAACAGACAGACAGCUAGAUAGAUAGACAGACAGAUUGGAUGUUUGGAAUUUCAGCUUAUAGGCAUAAUUUGUUUAGUGUACGUAGGAACCAAUACGAUUAUACCUGCUUGGUUUGAGAAAUGAGUAGAAGUUCUUCUGACGUAGUAACAAAACUUCUACAAUGAUUAUUUUUUUUCAUAUUGAAAUUCAACGGGGCAUUAUAAUAGCAUUUACGUCACGUCUGUUUAUAACCACUCGGCCGUGUGCUCACUAGCAUCCACUCUGUAGACGAGUGCAGAAUAACACCACACUGAUAGAGUGCAUUAAGUUUUAUUUGUGUGUCUCUAAUUAUCAUUAUGAUUCUGGAUGUUAACUGAGGCUGGUUUGGGGCUGAUGACAGUAAUUCAGAAGGUAAAUCUGUUAUGAAAGGUUAUAACAUGUCGUGAAAUGUUGUACGCUGAGAUAUGGCGGGUUUCUGUCCGUGCUGCAAGCUGCAGAAUUAAUCAAAGCCAUAUUUGAAAAAUCUUGCGUAAUAGGACAUGAGGGAAGAUUAGUUAGUUUUGGCAUGUUAUUAUUAUUAUUAUUAUCACAGCUAUUAUUUUACAAAGUAAGCGUUAUAAACAAACACGAACAUGAUCAUGUGUGGAGCAGACGUCUGCAGUGCUUACACAUUACACAGCUGAGCAUAUCAGUUCAUCUCCAAUUAUUAGAAAUUCAUUCAAAGAAAUUGCGCUGAUCAAAAAAGGCCUACUAUGUUUUAAAGCCUAUUUCAUUUGUAAAAUACUGUAUCUAUAUAUUUUACUAUACUGUAUCUCUUUCUAAUUCUCUUAUUUGUGUCUUUUGCCCCUUAAAAAAAAAAAAAAAAAUCAUAGUUUCUCUACGAAGCUGUUCUGACGUUUUGUGUAUCUCUGAGGCGGGACUGGAGUUGGCUGAGUUCUGAGAUCAGUACUGCCAAGCCCUACUGUUUGCAUCAGGCUUUGUGUCCACAUGUAUCCGGAUAUAAAAAUAAAUAAAUAAAUAAAUAAAUAGGAAUUCAACACACCAAAAAGGAAGGAAGGAAACACAGAGGUUUAAUAGCUAAAUUAAAACACUACUCCCUACGUUUUUUUUUUUUUUUUUUUUAUAUUAAAAUAUGUUGAUUUAAUUGUAUAUUUUUAACUCUGAACAUAGAUUAUUAUCAGUUGUGAACUAUAUUUAGGUACCAGUUUAAUUUAAUCAUAAUUUAAUAAUAAAAUCAAAAAUAAUCAAUGUGAAAUUUUUAUAUAUAUAUAUAUAUAAAAAAAAGAUUCUCCUUAAGGUUUCGAUUGUAGAAAUCAUAUUCUCACUUUUUAGCUCAUUUCUCCUUCACAUUUAGCCAGUUACUGACACACACUGCCUCACAGAGGCAGCAACAAGGUCGGAGAAUGUGAGAGAAAAGAAGGGAAGAGAAUUAGUUAUGAGAUUUUAAUCAGUAUAUUAAAUAAACAGAAAGUAGGGCUGUCAACGUUAAAAUGCAUGCAAUUAAGUUGGAAUAAGUAAUGCUUAAUUUUUUAUUUUUACGUAAAUUAAUAAACUGCUGAUUAGGAGCAGUUUAAUCUAAUAUAUUAGCCAGAUAAUAUACUUCUAUGCACAAACGCUGGCUAUGCUGCUCCAUGCGGUUUACACACUAUAAGCGCAGUAUGUGCAGCGUUCACUGCUCACAGUUGCGAUACUCUGUUUAAUACAUAUGUGCUGCAUUUCCCAUUGAAAAACACUGCUUGUUUAAAAGUGCAGCAGCAGAUUUUCAGUGUUGUGUGUUAAAGCAGCUUCACACUGCACAGAUGUACAGAAUAUACACUCUGAAACACAGAAUCUUCUCACUAUAUUUACUUUCUUGCUCAUGCACCAGACAGUUUUGACCAAUCAGAGGAGACGAUGUGUUUGAUUGGUUUAUUGGUGAACAUUUUGGUGCAUUUAGGUUUAUGCCUGUGUGAAUGCAAACCAAACAAACCAGAGAAACCAACUACAGGUGUGAAAACGCUCUUUUAUACUGAGCAAAUUAAGUUCUGAUUCAGAAAUCCUUACAACCAAGCUGAGAUGUUAACAAUGGAGUAAAAAAAAAAAAAAAAAAGUUUAUUCUAGUUUUUAUUACUAUUUUAAUUAACACCACUAAUAUAAAUAUAAUUGCAUUUUACAUUCUUACAUUCAUUCUUUUAUUCAUAUUUAAAUAUUCACUAUAAAAUAUCCACUUGUUCUUAAGAACAACAGGUGAGAUUAAUCACAGUUAAUUACAAAAUAUUGUUGAUUAAUUUGAUUUUUUUUUUAUCAAUUGACACCACUAUAAUAAAAAGUAAUUUACCUUCUGUGCUUCUUCUGCAGCAGCAACACAGUGUUUAUCAAUAAAUACUGUACUGCAAAAAAAAAACUAAUACAUUACCAAGUUAGGAGUGGGCAAUAUUAUAUCGUAUACAAUAAAUCGUGACAGAAAUAUCAUGAUAUUAAAAAUCCAUAUCGUGAUAAUAGGGCUGUUCUGUCUUAAAAGUAGUCUAUUAUUUACUGUGAAGCUCUAGGUGUAUUUAUUGUAUAAUUGUUUUAGUUUGCAGUUUAUAUGCAUGCACUAAAUAUUCUGCAAUAUUAUUUGCUGCAUUUUAUUAUUUUAUGCUAUAUUAUUUAUUUUGCCACAUUAUGAUUAUUCUGUUAUACUAUUAUACUAUAUUCCUGAAAUUAAUUAAUUAUUUAACUGUUUUCCUAUAUCGCCAAGUAUAUCGUUAUCGCAAAAAUACCCUGAAAUAUCGUGAUAUUAUUUUAGAGCCAUAUCGCCCACCCCUAUAACCAAGCUCUGUAAAAAUAAAUAGUGAAUUAAGGCAGAAAUUUAAAAUAAAUUGCUAGCAUUAAUCUAGAAUGACAGCACUAAUUUAUUCCUAUGUGUAAAUAUGAAAUCUAUUGUUAUUUGCACUGCUAUUUGUAGAAGCUAUAUGUAGUUUGUUGUUUAGGGAGUAACUAAGUAUCUAAGAUUCAGCCAGAAACACUUAAAAAAACACAAUAAAGCUCUGUGCUCCCCAUCCACACAACACUACUGAAAACAGAGCUUUAAAAAAAAAAAAAAAUCAACCACUUGAAAAAGCUCAAGGACCAAAAAUGCCAUUUGUUAUGUGGACAGGAGACCAAAACACAGACUAUAAAUAUCCGGAUACAUGCAGACAGGCCCUAAGUUAAUUGCAUUAAUUAAUGCAUUUAAAUUUUAAAUGAUCUUUUACUCUCAUAUCUGUGUGUUUUGUUUCCUAUUAGUGUAAAUUGUUAAUACUGUUGAUACCUAAUAUGUGUAUAUUAGAAAUAGAAGUAUAUAAUAUAUACCUGAAAACUGAAGUGAUAUUUUAAUUGUAACAUACCGUAAUGUAGCAUUUAAAUCGAUACUGAAUUAAUAACGGGUUUUCUGUUGAAUAGUAUUCAGCUCUUGUUUUGAUUAGUAACACUUUAUCUUUAUAUUAAUGAAAUGACCACUUUCUCUUUUAAAGGAGCAUCUGUGCACGUUCUUACUGUUAACCUGAAGCACGAAUAAAAUUUUCCACAAGCUUUGGGAGCA